AUGAGCCAGGCACGAGGAAAACCAGGCCUCGCUCAGCUGGACGGCCCACCCGGUGGACACUGCUGCCACCUGCCUCCCUGGCUGCACUGCCAUCACCCCUUUGGGGACUUUGGGCAGCUGUCCUCGUGGUCUUCCCUUCCUGCCCUGGCCCGAGGGCCCACCUUUGUGUCCUUGUCUGUGCUGUCCCUGAAGUGGAAGCAGGCCACCAUCCUGGGAGCAGCAGUAUUGGGUGCCCAGGGCCAGCCCUGUGCAGCGUGGCUCCUGGUCAGGGGAGCCCAGGAGGGGGACGGCCAGACUUGGACAGUGUCCCUUGAUCCAUCUGGCCCCGGGCAGGGCUGCUUGCAGGUGGACAGAACCGAGGUGGUCUGGAGCAGCCUGCAUCCGGUCUUCUCCAAGGUCUUCACACUGGAGUACUGCUUUGAGGAGGUGUAGAAGCUGCGCUUUGAGGUCUACGACACCCAUGGGCCCAGCAGCCUCAGCCACCAGGAUGACGACCUCCUGGGGGGCAUGGAGUACACCUUGGGGCAGAUCGUGGCCCAGAAGAAGGUGACCCGAGCACUGUUGCUGAAGUUCAGCAGGAACGCUUGCAAGUCCCCUAUCACGGUGAUAGCCGGGGACAUCUCUGGGAACAACGGCCAUGUGGAGCUCUCCCUCCGUGCCAGGAAGCUGGAUGACAAGGACCUCUUCAGCAAGCCGGACCCCUUCCUGGAGCUGUACCGGAUCAACGAUGAUGAGAGCGAGCUGCUGGCGUACAGGACGGAGGUGGUGAAGAACGACCUGAGCCCCACCUGGCAGCCUUUCAAGGUGUCUCUGAGCAGCCUGUGCAGCUGUGAGGAGCCUCGGCCUCUGAAAUGCCUCGUCUGGGAUUAUGACUUCUGCGGGAAUCACGACUUCACCGGAGAAUUCUCCACCACCUUUGCGGAGAUGCAGAAUGCCUUCAGGGAGGACCAGGCCCAGUGGGACUAUGUGAGCCUCAAGUACACGCAGAAGAAGCGCAGUUCCAAGAACUCGGGGGUGGUCAUCCUGGUAGACCUGAAGUUCUACAGGGUGUACUCGUUCCGGGACUACAUCAUGGGCGGCUGCCAGAUCCACUUCACGGUGGCCGUUGACUUCACGGCCUCCACUGGGGACCCCAGGAACAGCUGCUUCCUGCACUACAUCAACCCCUUCCAGCCCCACGAGUUGCAGGCCCUGGUGGCUGUGGGCGAGACCUGCUAAGACUAUGACAGCAACAAGAGGCUCUCUGCUUUGGGGUUCUGAGCCUGGAUCCCUCCCAAGUAUGAGGUGUCCCACGACUUUGCCAUCAAUUUCAACCCUGAGGACAAUGAGUGUGAAGGAAUCCGGGGCGUGGAGGAGGCCUAUCGGAACUGCCUGCCCAGGGUCCAGCUCUACUCCCCCACGUCCAUCUGUCCCCCCGUGUCCACUGGGGGGAGGUACGCAGCUGCCCUGCAGGGUCCCUGUGGCCCCUCCCCCCUGUGUCCCCAGCAAUACUACGUCCUGCUGAUCCUGACAGACGGCGUGGUGACCAACAUGGCGGACACACGUGAGGCCAUCAUGCGCGCCUCCCACCUGCCCGUGUCUAUCAUCGUGGGGAUGGGCAACGCCGACUUCACCAACAUGCAGGUCCUCGACGGCGACAACGGUGUCCUGCGCUCCCCACGGGGCGAGCCUGCCCUCCGUGACAUCUUGCAGUUUGUGCCCUUCCGGGAGCUCAAGAGCGUGUCCCCCGCGGCGCUGGCCAAGAGUGUGCUUGCCGAGGUGCCCAGGCAGCUGGUUGAGUAUUAGAGCCAAGGAAUGCCUCUCAGAGACCUCGGCGAGACCAGCCCGGGCUCCGCUCCCCUACACCCACCAUUGGCUCCUGUGACCCUGCUGCCUGGUGGGCCAGCCUCCCUCCGGGCCCCAGGGCUGAAGGAGGGACAGGUCCCCCUGGGCACGCCUGACCCUGCCUGA